GGCUGGCUUAGCUAUCGACCUGAUUAUCUACAACGGUUUAACUCACCUCGUUGGCUAUUAGCGCUGCUGUGCUUUUAUGCCGUCAUAGUGAAUAUAGAACUUUUAGGAUUUCGUGGUGUAGUAGUACCGCAGAUUGAAAAGCGAUUUAAUAUGACAUCAACAUUUAUUGGCUCAAUUAUGAGUACUGUCGAUAUUUCAAGCGGAAUUUGUGGUGUUUUAUUAACAUAUUACGUCGGACAACGUCAUAAAAGUAAAUGGAUUGGUUAUGGAAUUAUUUGUUUAAGUUUUGGCUCGGUUAUAUUUGCGUUGCCCCAUUUCAUUGCAGGGCCAUAUUAUUAUCUCAAUAUAGCCACCAAUAACACGCAAACUACUAGCACAUUAUGCAGUUCUAAUGCUAUGAACGUUUCUAAUAAUUUGUGCACUAGUGCAACACAUCAGAGUUCACCAUGGAUUUAUCCAGUAAUAUUUAUUGGAGGCCUUGUGUUUUGUGGUAUUGGUUACAGUAUUCAAUAUAAUGUAGGCUUAGCUUAUAUUGAUGAAAAUGUUAGCCCUAAGAUAUCACCAGUAUACAUUGCUCUAUUUCAUAUGGUGGCUGUUAUAGGACCAACAUUAGGCUAUGUAGUGGGUGGAGUUUUUAGCAAUGUCUACGUCGAUUGGCCUGCAACUCCAAAAGAUCUUAAGCAGGACGAUCCACGCUGGAUUGGCGCUUGGUGGUUAGGCUACUUAAUUGUGGGUGCAAUUGCAUUUGUCACUUCACUUUUAAUAUUCGCAUUUCCAUAUCAUUUGCCUACUUAUCAAAAAAGUAAAGAGAAAAGACUUGCUCUAUCCAAGACAUCUAAAAAAGUUGAUAAUCAAUAUGGCAAGCGAUGGGCUGAUUUCCCCCGUGCUUUCUAUGACGUUAUCAGCAAUCGAAUAUUUUUGCUAGCAGUACUAGGUUUAAGUCUGGAUCAAAUUCCAACAAUUGGCCUUCUAACAUUUCUGCCAAAAUUUAUUCAAUCACAAAGCGGAGCAUCUUUACUAACAGCGACCACGUUGGCUGGUGUAACUGCAGUAGUAAGCGCGGCUAUCGGACAAGUCUCGAGCGGAAUUAUCGUUAAACGCUGGAACUUGGUUGGCUCUAAAAUAUCUCGAUUCUGCUUUUAUGCCGCCAUUGCCAAUGUAAUCUCAGCCUGUGUACUACUCAUGUCCUGUAGUAAUCCCACCAUUGCUGGCAUUUAUACGCCUUAUCCGCCUUCUAAUAUCACAAUGCGUUCUCAGGCAACAACUCAAUCCGUACAACCGACUGCAGCGUGUAAUAUCAAAUGCCAUUGCGAUAAUAGCUUAUUCAGCCCUGUUUGCGGCGCUAACGGAAUAACUUACCAAUCUCCAUGCCACGCCGGAUGCAAUGCAUUAUUAGCCACUGGUAGUCCUGCUACAAUGAAUUAUACUGGAUGUAGUUGUAUUAACUCUAAAACAGAAAAGGUAGCCAUAAGAGGGUUUUGUUCAGGUGAAAGUUGCACGAUUGUAUAUCCCCUAAUGGUUGGUAUCGUCGUUAUGGUGAUUAUCACCUUUAUUUCAUUUUCGCCGACGUUAACCAUAAUUCUGAGGAGUAUCCCAGAAAGUCAAACUACAUUUGCAAUGGGAGUCGAAGGAUUGAUUUUUAGAAUAGUGGGAGGAUUACUCGGUCCAGUAGUCUACGGAUAUGUCAUGGAUGUUUCUUGCAUAUUAUGGAAUGAGGAAUGCGAUACUAGACAAUUUUGUUGGCGAUAUGAUAAUAGCAAGCUCUCGCUCUACAUGUUUACAGCAACCAUUAUUUGCAAAGGUAUAAAAUUAAUUAUUUACGGCUUGUUGUGGUAUUUCCACAAACAGCAGGAAGUGGCU